CCCCGCCAGCAGGGGUCCCAUCUACGUACAGGCCGAGCUAGCAUCUUGCCCAUUUUGUGCUUUUUCGACGGUCGCGCCUUUUUUUGUAGUUCGAUAAACCAAAAAAAAAAAAUUUCAAAAAAUUUCACACUCACAAUGGCGAACCCACCUCAUGGAGGCAUCCUCAAGGAUCUCCUUGCCCGAGACCUCCCCCGACAAGCCGAGCUUGCUGCUGAAGCCGAGACGCUUCCUGCCGUUGUCCUGACUGAGAGACAGCUCUGCGAUCUUGAAUUGAUCCUGAAUGGUGGCUUCUCUCCCCUCGAAGGUUUCAUGAACGAAGCCGAUUAUAACGGCGUUGUCAAGGAGAACCGUCUAGCAGAUGGCGCCCUCUUCAGUAUGCCCAUCACUCUUGAUGUGUCCGAAGCGACCAUCAACGAAUUGGGCCUGAAAGCUGGUCAACGCGUGACCCUUCGCGAUCUGCGUGAUGAUCGCAAUCUUGCUAUUCUGACCGUUGACGAUGUCUACAAGCCCAAUAAGGUACUCGAGGCAAAGGAGGUCUUCGGCAGCGAUGACGAGGCGCAUCCCGCGGUCAAAUAUCUCUUCAGAACCGCCGGCGAGUACUACGUUGGAGGCAAGAUCGAGGCUAUCAACCGCCUCCAACACUAUGAUUUCGUGGAUCUACGAUACACCCCGGCCGAACUUCGACUGCACUUCGAUAAGCUCGGAUGGUCUCGAGUUGUUGCCUUCCAAACCCGAAACCCCAUGCACCGCGCUCAUAGAGAGCUAACCGUUCGUGCUGCUCGUUCGCACCAUGCUAAUGUCCUAAUCCACCCCGUCGUUGGCUUGACCAAGCCCGGCGAUAUCGAUCACUUCACCCGCGUGCGCGUUUACAAGGCUCUUCUACCCCGGUACCCCAAUGGUAUGGCUGUUCUGGGUCUCCUGCCCCUGGCCAUGAGAAUGGGUGGUCCUCGCGAGGCUAUCUGGCACGCCAUCAUCCGUAAGAACCACGGCGCAACUCACUUCAUCGUCGGCCGUGAUCAUGCUGGCCCCGGAAAGAAUAGCCAGGGUGUUGAUUUUUACGGCCCGUACGACGCUCAAUAUGCAGUUGAGAAGUACCGCGACGAGCUCGGCAUCGAGGUCGUUCCUUUCCAGAUGGUUACAUACCUUCCAGACAAGGACGAAUAUGCACCGAUUGACCAGAUCCCCAAGGAUACCCGUACCCUUAACAUCUCUGGUACAGAGCUGCGCGCGAGACUACGAAGUGGCCGUGAUAUCCCCGAGUGGUUCUCAUACCCCGAGGUUGUCAAGGUUCUCCGUGAAUCGCAUCCUCCACGGGCUGCUCAAGGCUUCACCAUCUUCCUGACCGGAUACCAGAACAGCGGCAAGGACCAGGUCGCCCGCGCCCUGCAAGUCACACUCAACCAGCAAGGCGGCCGAUCCGUUUCGAUGCUGCUAGGUGAGACGGUUCGGUCCGAGCUGUCAUCCGAGCUGGGCUUUAGCCGAGAGGACCGUAGCAAGAACAUUGCACGCAUUGCGUUCGUAGCUGGCGAGCUGACGCGCUCAGGCACAGCCGUCAUUGCUGCCCCUAUCGCCCCCUUCGAGGCCGACCGCGCCGCUGCCAAAGACGCUAUCGAGAAGUACGGCGACUUCUUCCUCGUCCACGUGGCUACCCCUCUAGACUACUGCGAGAAGACAGAUAAGCGUGGCAUCUACGCCCGAGCCCGUAAGGGUGAGAUCAAGGGCUUCACGGGUGUUGACGACCCGUACGAGGCUCCGGCUAAGGCCGAUCUGGUUGUUGACUGUGAGAAGCAGUCAGUCCGCUCCAUUGUCCACCAGAUCGUCCUCAUGCUCGAGGGCACAGGUCUGCUAGACCGCUUGUAAACGACAAGGUCUGCGAACGGACGAAAAGCAUACACCGCGGUGACUCCAUUCUAGAUACCCAGAAUAUUAAAGAUGCUAUAUAGACGAGACCGAAGAUGGAUCUUAGGAUAGACCUUACAUUACACAGUUGGCGCUUACCCGGUGGAGGAGGAGCAGCUU